CGCCGACACGGGAGAAAGAAGAGUCGAGAGCAAAAGAGAGUCCAGUGAGAAAGUCUGGAGACGAAAGCGAAUGGACCGACAAACACGACUCUAAGCUAACAGCAGAAACGCAGCUGGGGCGUCAGGCCUUCUGUUAGUGGUGGUUGAGAAUGGACCCCAACAGCGAGACCAAGAAGAUGACCUCUUACCUCCCGGGCAGCCCUUCUCGUGAGACCAAGAAACUGACCCUACCCAGAGGCCCAGGCUGCAGCUGGCUGGUGGUGGUAGCAGCUGUUGCGGCCUCUCUGAGUGGCCUGAUGCUGGGCUAUGAAAUGGGCCUGACCUCUGGGGUCCUGCUGCAGCUGCGCGGGCUCCUCUCCCUCUCUUGCCAGGAACAGGAACUGCUGGUCAGCUCCCACCUGCUCGGCGCUCUCCUAAUCUGCCUCGCCGGAGGUCCCAUUCUGGAUCGCUACGGACGCCGCUGCUCUUUGCUCCUGAGCGCCGCUCUGGUGGUUGCAGGGACUGUAUUGCUCAUUGCUGUGACAUCGUUUGUCGCACUGACACUGGGCCGAGUUAUAGUCGGCAUGGGAACAGCACUGUCAGGGACAGCAGCGUGUCUUUACAUUGCGGAGAUCUCACCGAGGGAGAGGAGGGGUCUGCUGGUGACGCUGUACGAGCUGAUGUUGGUUGUGGGUGUUUUGCUGGGAUUCAGCUGCAGUUACGCCUUUGCUACUCUGCCACAUGGCUUGGCGUAUACAUUUGGACUAGUGAUCCCCCCCGGGCUGCUACAAAUAGGUUUACUCGUGUUCCUCCCACCCAGUCCACGCUUCCUGGUCACUCAGGGUGAAGUGGAGCAGGCCAAGAUGGUGCUGGCCAGAAUGAGGGGUGGGGUUAAGGAGCAUGUAGAAGAGGAGCUCAGGGACAUCCAGGCUGGACUAAAAGAGGAAUCGGAGCACAGUUUCUGGGAGUUGUUCAGUUCCAAGGCCAAUCUGCGUUCACGGCUGCUAACGGGUGUAGCUUUAGUUUUCCUCCAGCAGGUCACCGGUCAGCCCAACGUCCUCUCCUAUGCUUCACCACUUCUCCGCAGCGUAGGCUUCGACAGUGAUGCUGCAGCAACCUUGGCCUCCACAGGGUUUGGAGUGGUCAAAGUAGUUGGCACCAUCCCUGCUGUGUUGCUGGUCGACCGUGUGGGAACUAAGAGCUUUUUGUGCGUGGGAGCUGUCGCAAUGGGAAUGUCGCUAGCUGUACUUGGUACACUGACACUACAAAGCCACACUCACCUCACCAGCCUGUGUAAAAGUCAGACUAUACUAAACCACACAUAUACGCCGUGGGAUUUAAACGGAACCUCUACAGACUUGGGCAACAGUGACAUUUUUUCUACUCGCCUCCCCAGCCAGUGGAACAGUGAGGAGACACAGAGGACUCUUAGAGAGGUUGAUGGGAUUGGGGAGUCGGGAGGAGGGAGGACUCGUGUAGAAGUGUCUCCCUCACUGAAGUGGGCAUCAUUAAUCAGUUUGCUGGUGUAUGUGGCAGCUUUCUCCAUUAGCCUCGGGCCAAUGGUGUAUGUGGUUCUCAGUGAGAUCUUUCCGAUGGGACUCAGAGGCAGGGCUGUGUCUGUGGUGUCAGCCAUAAACUGGGCCACGAACCUCCUCAUCUCCAUGACCUUCCUCACAAUUACCGAAAAGAUUGGUGUUCCUAAUGUGAUGUACCUCUACUCUGCCAUGAGCUUUGUUCUCCUGGUGUUUGUCAUCCUCUGUGUCCCUGAGACCAAAGGUCGCACACUUGAGGAGAUAUCAAAAGAACUGGCUAAGAAGAGGCAUUUCGAGGUGAGUCUCUGUAGGCAGAUUCAGGCUCAGGAGAGCCUGAUCAGCAGCAGCACGUCCAGAGAAAUGCCAGCGAACAACUGAGUCCCUUUACCAUACCACAACUGUUCACCUCACCUGAAGGAGAGUCAAGAAAAAGCAUCAAGAAAGACAUUGUAGCAGUACUGGUCAGAAUUUGGGUACAACUCAUACAUCUCAUCCACAUCUGCACAUGCCUGCAGUUCCAGCUGGUUUCUAAAAUAAUGUCUCUGAUGUAUAGUUCCUUCUAGCUACAGAUGUGAGGGAAGAAAACAUCAGGGAUGGUGGAAACAACACAUACAGUAAAGAAUUCAAUACUGGAAUAGUAUUUGUUCAAAUGAGGAUAGCUCAGGGUUCAUGCUUCCUGGUUAAAAAAAAAACAGUAAUAAAAGGUAAACAACUGGGAUUGAAUGUGAGUUGUAUAAAAUAUAUACUAGAUUAAUUUAAUUGCGUCCUUUUUAUCUUGAUUCUAUUUAAGCAUAGAGUCUCAAUGCAGAAAGGGAUAUUUUCCACCUUUGCUUCAGGAUUGAAAUUGACUCCCUACUAGCCAGCAGAACCGCUGAAGCCUUUUGGAUUGGUGGUGAAACUGUACUACUACAGUCGUUUAGUCAUUUUCCAUUCUGACCUGACAUUAUGAGGAAUAAUAACACAAGUUUGCUGUACUAAAAACACUAAUCACCUCAAAUGGCAGUAUAUUUAACACUGGUUCUUUUCUGGCUUGCGAAUUAAUUCCCGUAACAUGUUAGUAUUUAAAUACUGCUCACUGGCAUGUAAUGUAAUAGCAUCAAUGUAACUCAAACUAUUCAUACCAGCUCUGUCACAGGACAUACUGUAACCUACAUUACGAUACGAAACAUGAAUGAAGGCCUCAGUAGUCUCAGGAAGAGCUCUGUGUCUGCUCAUUUACAUUUGAAGGGAACAAGCAAUCACGAUAAUGAUAAUGAAGAAACACACUCAGCUCCACUGUGAUUGGCUGGCUGCUGGAAAAAUAGUAAUCCCAUCACAUCUCGUAGAAAUAUUGGGUAAAUAAUUUUGAAGUUGUUUUUUUUUUACUUUUGUCAGUGAUGCCAAAAUUAUACUUACUUGAUUAAGAAGUGGAAUGUUUUACUGCAAGAAAAGAAUGACUUGUGUGGAUCUUUUCAAAAUUACAAUUGCACAUUUUUUGAUGUGUAAUUUGAUACUUACCCUUAUGUUUUUUUUAAUGUUGUGAAAUGUAGCGAUGUAUUUGGAAAGUCUGUCACAUUGAAAAUCUUAGAAUACCAUUAUAUAAGGGUAUUCUGUUGAAACUGAUACAUACAAACUGUAAGAAGGACAGCUGAAAAGGAUGAUGGAAAAAGUAGAAGAGUUUUUGGCCUGUUU